AUGCCGCCGGCAUCGUACGUGCUGAAACCGGCACAGGUGAAGCCGUAUGUUCGCUACUUGGCAUGCAAAGCUUUCCUCGAAGUGUCAGCUGAAGGGAUACGAAAGAAUGCAGAGCUUGCCGUUAGGAUGCAACAAGUGUAUCCUAGACAUGCACGUCUUUUUGUCGAGGAGCAUGCACGUGAGAUUCAAGAUAUCGUUAUCCCAACAUUACCACAGUUGCUCUACAACCCUGGAAAGAACCAACCCUGGGCGGGAACCAGUCUCAUCGAAUUCUUUCAUGAAACCCGCUCGGAAAUCAACAAUGUAUACAAUCCGGAGUUUCUGGCUGAGAAAGGAAACCGAGAGGAGUUCCCCUCCGGGCGAACCUUAGAAGAUCUACGAAUGGCCACCAAAGCACGCUUGUGGAAUAAACACCAACUUGAACUCGUCGAGAAAAACAGACAAUUGCAAGGGGAACCUGCUCAGGAUGCUGUGCGUACACCAGACGGAGAAUCUGCUUCCGUGAGGAAGGGUGGCCGAAAGCGGCAAAUGGAGGUAAUUCCCUUUGAUGUGAAUGACCCAGCACAUAGACAUUGGACUCCCAUUUCAUGGAUAGCCUGGAUACAUCUGGGCAUGGGAUCUGAAACACCCCACGAGAAGUUUAGUCUGCAAGCUAGUGGAGAAACGGUGCCAGCGGAGAACGUGCUGACACCUGAUUCAGUGGAUAGGCACUCCAGAAGUUGGUCUGAACAGCGGCGCAAGCGUCGUUUGGGUGAUUCAGAAUGGGGACAGCUCGAUCAACCAUUGUCCCGUGUAUUGAACGAUGUUUGCACGGUCAUGAGUGAAGUCAAAGACGCUUUAGUGGAUAUGCGUCUCGCUCGAGAAAAGGAACGCAUGGCCAGAGAAAGGGAUCGCAGGACCAGGGAACUUCGCGUUCUCUGCGAGCUUACCAAGGAUACACCUGAGUAUGCCAAGCAUCAUGCAGAGCUUGUGAAGCAUCUACUGUCGCCAUCAACAUCCUCGUCCGACUGCCUUGAAGAUGGGAGAAGACUUGAUUUUCACAGCGUGGGAGAUGAACUUGCAAGGAGAGCCGGUACUUCUGGAUCAUCAUCUCAGUGCACCGGUGCAUUGUCUCAGCGUACUCCUUUGGGAAAUCUCAACAUGUAG